AUUAUGACAGCAGGUGGGGGAUUAUUAUAUAUAGAUAUAUGCGACAAUACACUUCAUAAAAGCCGUUAGGAUGCUGGAAAAAGCAACACUUCCCGCGCUUCUUGAUUCCGCAUGGUUUGGUAUGGUUAACAAACGAUGCAACUAUGUACGUGAAGUCAAUGGUGCUUGAAGGAUUCAAAUCCUAUGGAAAGAGAAUCGAAAUCAAUGGCUUCGACAAAGAAUUCAACGCUAUCACAGGAUUUAAUGGUACCGGUAAAUCCAACGUCCUUGAUGCAAUAUGUUUUGUACUAGGAAUCACAAAUCUCGGACAGGUUCGUGCGACAUCGCUCCAAGAACUUGUUUAUAAAUCUGGUCAGGCUGGCAUAAAAAAAGCCAGUGUGACUAUAACAUUUGACAAUCGUGAACGAGCCUCAUCCCCACCAGGCUAUGAAGACUAUGAAGAAAUAACAGUUACUCGUCAAAUAGUUAUCGAUGGCAAGAAUAAAUACAUGAUCAAUGGCUCUAACGUUCCCAACAAACGAGUUCAAGACAUGUUCUGCUCAGUACAAUUGAAUGUCAACAAUCCACAUUUUUUGAUAAUGCAAGGAAGAAUCACCAAAGUACUCAAUAUGAAGCCAUUGGAAAUCCUUUCUAUGAUCGAAGAAGCAGCUGGAACUAAAAUGUAUGAAACUAAAAAACAGGCAGCUUUGAGUCUCAUCAAGAAAAAAGAUAGCAAGCUGAAAGAAAUAAAUGAUAUAUUGACAGAAGAAAUAGGUCCAAAGCUGGCAAAAUUAAAAGAAGAAAGAACUCAAUAUGUUGAGUUUCAAAGGAUCGAGAGGGAACUCGAGCACUGCAAAAGGAUUUCGGUGGCUUGGAAAUAUUUGACUGCUUUAAAAGAUAGCGAAAAAGCUGAGGAAAAUGUUCAAGUGGUUCAGAAUAAGAUAGAAGAAAGGCAGAAAAGUAUUGCGGAUGGACAAGAGGAAAUUGAGACAAUUAAUGAAAAAAUAGAAGAGCUUGUCAGUAAACAGGAAACUGAGAAAGGUGAAAAAUUAACAACGCUUGAACAGUCAUUGAAAGAGGCAGAAAAACGAGAGAACAAAAUAACAGCUGAGGCAAACAGUAAUGCGGAGAGUGUUAAAGCGGAGAAGAAGGAAAUUGCGCAAUUGAAAGCUAAUACAAAAGAGGAUGAGAACGUUCUAGCGGAAAAGGAAAAAGAGUUGGAAAAAUUCGGUGAUUUGUUCACGAGAUUAAAACAGCAGGAUGAAAAUGAUAGUGCUGCGGUUGUGGCGGCUCAGGAACGUUUUCAAAAAAUUAGUGCAGGGCUUUUGGACAGUGAGAGCGGCGAUAAUGCGACAUUAGAACAACAAGUUAUAAACGCUGAGCGUAUUGUAAUAGAAGCCCAAACUGAAAUAAAACAGUGCGAGAUGGAAAUGAAGCAUAUCAAAGAGCAGUUACCCAUCAAGCAGAAAGAAUUGCAACGCUCGGAAAAAGAUAGUCGCAACGAAACCACCGCUCUGGAAAUGAAAGAGAAAGAGCUCAAGACUCUUGAGAACGAACUUAAAAAAUUAAAUUACGACGAAGGUACACUCGAAGCUCUUCAAAAUGAGAAACGCAUCUUGAGCAGAGAAGUAAUGAAUUUGCAGGAACAAGUAGAUCAGUUUGAAUCGAGAUAUCCUCAACUUCGAUUCGAAUAUCGGAAUCCCGAUCCGACCUUUCGAAGAGAAUCCGUUAAAGGCCUUCUCUGUAAACUUAUCUCUUUAAAAGAUAAAAGUACGGCUUAUGCUCUGGACGUCGCUGCUGGAGGAAAGCUGUACAACGUUAUUGUAGAUACGGAAAACACGAGUAAGGCUCUAAUCCAAAGAGGUCAACUACAGCGUCGUGUAACGAUUAUUCCUUUGAAUAAAAUUGAUGGCAGACCAAUGGAUCGGAGAACGAUCGAGUUAGCUCAACAGCUCGUUGGAAAAGACAACGUCGAACCGGCUCUCUCGCUGAUCUCGUAUCCUGAAGAAACGAGUAAAGCGAUGGCUUGGGUGUUUGGACAAAUAUUUAUCGUUAAGGACCCGGAAUCUGCCAAAAAAGUUGCAUUCCACGAUAAAAUAAUGAAAAAAUGUGUGACGAUCGAGGGUGAUGUUUACGAUCCAGCAGGAACUUUGACAGGUGGUGCUCAAUCGAAAACUGGUUCAGUCCUUUUGAAAAUAGAGGAAUUGAACGCUAUUCAAAAACAACUAACUCAGAAGGAAGCACGUCUAAGGGAGAUUGAACAGCAAAUUGCUAAUAUUGCAAGUACAGCUGAAGAAUACAGAAUUCGCAAACAAAAAUAUGACUUGAGAAGUCACGAAGUUCAUCUGCUUAAGCAAAAUCUCCAACAGACGACUUAUAAUCAGUUGCGAGGCGAGGUUGAAGGUCUGCAGAAAAAAUUGCAGGAACUGAUGGAAAAAAUAACGACAGCCAAAGCAACCGAGAAAGAAAAUUCGAAACGUUACAAAGAAUUAUCCAACCAAUUGAAAGAUUCAGCAAACAUUCGAGAAAAACAAUUAAAGGAUGCCGAGAAUCAGUUGAAAAUAGCGCAAAAGAAGUCUGAGAACAGUCGGCGUGAGUGGAAAAAACGUGAGGAAGAAGCAGAAAUUUUGAAUCUUGAGAUAUCUGAAAUGAAAAAAACUAUAGAAACAGGAAAAGCCCAAUUGGUUAAAACUACAGAAAAGCUCACCGAACUAACGACCAAGUCAGAAACUUUGAAAAAAGAUUUAGAGGAGGCAAAAGAAAAAUCAAACGAAUUGCAGAGAGCUGUAAAGGCACUUAAAGAUACGAUCCAUCAGCAAAACAAAGAGAUACAAAAAUAUAAUUCAAGAAAAGAAGACAUUCUCAAGCAAAAAGUUGAAUUCGAGUUAGAUAUUCAAAAAUUGAAUCAUGAAAUAAACUCUAUAAAAACUAAUGCAAAAGAGUGCAAGCACAAGUUGUCUGACUUGGUUAAGAAAUACGAAUGGAUUGAGCAAGACAAAGCAUAUUUUGGGAAAUCAGGUGGCAUUUACGAUUUUAAAGCAAACAAUCCCGAAGAAGUGAUUCGAAAAAUGCACCAGUUGGAAAGUGUCCGCGAAAGAUUGAGUCGUAACGUUAACACUAGAGCAAUGAAUUUGUUGAACAAAGAGGAAGAGCAGUACAGCGAAAUGUUGAAAAAGAAAAAAAUCGUUGAAGCAGAUAAAAUAAAAAUUCUCGAGACGAUUGAUACACUGGAUGGCAAGAAGAAAGAAACGCUGCUUCAAGCUUGGGAACAGGUGAACAAAGACUUUGGAUCGAUAUUCAGCAGUUUAUUGCCGGGUGCGAACGCAAAGCUGCAACCACCUGCGAAGCAAACGGUGUUGGAUGGGCUUGAGGUGAAAGUAGGAUUUGCAGGGGUAUACAAAGAAUCGCUCAGCGAGCUCUCAGGCGGUCAAAGGUCGUUGGUAGCUUUAUCGUUGAUCCUGGCGAUGUUGUUGUUCAAGCCUGCCCCAUUGUACAUCUUGGACGAGGUGGACGCUGCCCUCGAUCUUUCGCAUACCGAAAAUAUCGGUGUAAUGUUAAAAAGGCAUUUUAAACAUUCCCAAUUUAUCGUGGUCUCGUUGAAAGAUGGAAUGUUCAAUAACGCGAAUGUACUUUUCAAAACUCGUUUCGUCGAUGGUAUGUCCGCGAUAUCGAGAACGGAAAGAGUUCGAAAUAGAUAAGCGCCACUUUGUUCGAAUUGAAAAAAAAGCAAGCAAAAGUGAGUCUUCAUUUUCCUCACAGUCUAUUUUCUAUUUUAUUUGGAAAACAAAAAAUCACUGUAACGGAAACAGAGACUUGAGGAAAAUGUUUAAAAAACGUGUCAAAAGUCGUUAGCGAAUAUACAUAAGUUUGAUAACUAUUCGUCUACUCAACCGAUGAACUUAAUCCACAUCGAAGAAGGCAGUCGAGUACAUUGGUGGUUGAUCAGCAAUUUUUAUAUUUUAUGUUUACUAUCUAUACAACUAUCAAUGUACAUAGAUCUACAUGAUAAAUAGAUAAACGACUAAAUAAAUAAAUUUGAAAAAAGGCUAAA